CGGAAGGAAGAGUACGCUACACCCGGAAGUGUCUCCAAGGAGAGGAAGUCGGCAGCCUCACCGCUAUGGGCCGCAAUAAGAAGAAGAGGAGAGAUGGUGACGACCGGCGGCCCAGGCUCGUUCUCAGCUUCGACGAGGAGAAGAGGCGGGAGUACCUGACAGGCUUCCACAAGCGGAAGGUCGAGCGGAAGAAGGCAGCCAUUGAGGAGAUUAAGCAGCGGCUGAAAGAGGAGCAGAGGAAGCUUCGGGAGGAGCGCCACGAGGAAUACUUGAAGAUGCUGGCAGAGAGAGAAGAGGCGCUGGAGGAGGCAGAUGAGCUGGACCGGUUGGUGACAGCAAAGACAGAGUCAGUGCAGUAUGACCACCCCAACCACACAGUCACCGUGACCACCAUCAGUGACCUGGACCUCUCAGGGGCCCGGCUGCUUGGGCUGACCCCACCUGAGGGAGGGUCUGGAGAUGGGUCUGAGGAGGAGGCAUCAUCCAUGGAGAAGCCAACCAAAGCCUUGCCCAGGAAGUCCAGAGACCCCCUGCUCUCUCAGCGGAUCUCCUCUCUCACAGCCUCACUGCAUGCACACAGCCGCAAAAAGGUCAAGAGGAAACAUCCCCGAUGGACCCAGGACUCCAAGAAGCCCCCAAGGGCCACUCGUACCAGCAAGGCCCAGCGCCGCCGUCUGACAGGCAAAGCGUGGCACAGCGGGGAGUGAGACCAAGAACCAAGCGGUGCCCCGGCCUAGGCUUCGAGGACCUGUCCUUUCUCAGCUUGGCUGUCCUGUAGCCCAGCCUGCACCUAGGUAAUGACUGCAAAGCUCAAGGUUGGGAAGCCAGGACCUAUCUGGCCUGGGGCCAGCUGCCUUUGCCUGGGGUUUGAAUUCCAGAAGGAGCAGGCAGCUGGGAGCAGGCCUUCCCCAGGAAGAGCCUUCACAGCCAUGCGGGGGCAUCUUCCCAAAUGUGCACCCCACCUGGCACUCAUCAGAUUUCUGGAACUCAUCAGAGAACUGUGUGCUUGUGAUUUGUUUGUCGGUGAUACCACGCACAGGGCAGGGUUCUGGGGUGGUGGAAAUGGUCAGGGCCCAUGGGUCUGUCUCCAGCAGUUUGCCCUGUGGCUACAAUAAAGUACAGUUCUCCCUG